AGACGAGAUUAGAGCAACUACUUGUUGAAUGGCCCGAGCAUCCAACGCUCGCUCAGAAGACAACUUUGAUUAUGGCAACAUGGAAAGACUAUCUAAAUCCAGAAUCAAGGAAAUAAAAGCUCAGUUUCUCACCUUACUACAGCAAGUAAUUCCUUGUUCAUUGUACGGUAUAAAACCUAGAGGCUGGCGUGUCAUGGUUGAUGAGGCAAUUACAAAGUUACAAGAAGUGGUUGUUGAUAAAGAGAUGAUGAUUGAAGUUAUAUCUCACAAUGACAGUCAACAUUAUGGUGUAGCUUUGAUGCAGACCAUUGGUGAAGAGUGUUAUAGCAUAAAUAAAGAAUUUAUUCAGAAAGGUUAUGCUGUCUCAAAUAUUGGACAAUUUGUUGUAACUGUGGGAACAAACAUCACAGGUUAUCAAUUUCCUACCAUUGAAAUUCCUGGCUAUGAAGAUGUUGAAGUCACUCAUGUUGAAAAUCUCGACACAUUUUGGUGCCAUCUUACGGAUUCUGCUACGGAAAUGGAAAAUCUCAUGACUAAUCUUCAAGAUUAUUGCGAUGUUAAUCCACCUAAAAGUACUGACUUAGAUUUAUUGAAAGAAGGUUCUCCUUGUUGUGCGCGUUUCAGUAAAGAUCAAAUGUGGUAUCGUGGGAGGAUUCUACAGAAAUUAACCAAUAAACGCUUCAAAGUUCAAUACGUAGAUUAUGGGAACUGUGAAGUGUUGACUUUAAAAAGUAUAGCCGUGCUGAGUCAAGAGUUUUUACAAUUACCUGUCCAAGCAAUUGAAUGUGGCCUUGUGAAUAUUUCAUCGUCGAAGAGGAAUAAGAGCAAAUAUGUCGAGCAGUUUCACGACCUUGUCGACGGUAAAGAACUCGUCUGUCGUAUUGAGAAUCUUACAGAUAAUAGCAAAUAUCUGGUUUUGAUUUUGAACACCGAGAGAGAAACAGUUGUAAUCAACGAGAUAAUGAACUUGUUUAUUGAAAAUGAUGGAAAAGAAGCGGCCGGGAAAGCAGAAAUUGUUUCGAAGGAAGUUCUUAAGAUUGCACCCGCUAAACCCUUCAUUGGCAGCGAUGUUUCUGUGUACGUCACUUACGUGAACGAUCCGCGAGAUUUCUACUGUAAAUUUACAAACACUGCUUCUCAACUUGACGAUAUAAUGAACAACAUGGAAACGUACUAUCGCGAUUUAAACGAAGACCAAGAAAGAUUUACUAAUCCGAAAAUUGGAAACACUUGUUGCGCACAGUUCACUGUUGAUGAUGGAUUUUAUCGUGCUGUUAUCACUAAUGUUUUAUCCGACGCUGUUGUUGUACGUUAUGUUGAUUACGGAAACACCGAGGAACUGCCAUUUUCACGUCUUAAAUGUCUCGACAGCUCCUUCGUUCACCUUCCAGAACAGGCUUUCAACGCAACUUUGUUGUUUUCAAAUUGUGGCAGCGCGCCAGACUUUGAAAACUGUGUUGUCGACAGAGAACUCAGAGCAACGAUUGUUAAACAAGACGAUAUUGGAAGGUGCUGCGUUCAAUUGGCCGAUGCAAAUGAAAGUUGUUGUUUGAAGAUCAAUCAAAAGAAGGUAGAUAAAACUUCAAAGAAACCAUGCAAAGUAAAGAUUACAAAACUUCAAGUUAGAAAGAAAAUUCCCGUGUAUGUAACGUUUGCCAUAAAUUCACAAGAUUUCUUCUGUCAAGCAACAGGAAGUUCCGUUCAAUUGGAUGAUUUGAUGAAUGAAAUAGAAGAACAUUACAGGCCACUGAAUGAAAGCGAUGAAAAAUAUUCAGAGCCACAAAUAGGUGAAUCUUGUUGUGCAAUGUUUACUGAAGACGAUGGUUGGUAUCGAGCAACAGUUAUAAAUCAUUCCGGAAAUGACGUUCGUCUAUGCUACCUUGACUACGGAAACACGGAGACAUUACCUUUGUCUAGAGUGAAGUGUUUGUUAGACGAUUUCACAGUUCUUCCAGCGCAAGGUUUUCAUGCAAGAAUGGAUGUUCCUUCUGGUAUUGAUGCUUCGUCUUUUAAAGAUUCCGUAUUGGAGAAGGAAUUUGAUGCUAAAAUUGUGAAAGAAAUCAAGGAGAACGUUUACAACAUCGAGCUUUUUUCGGCUGAUGGAACCAAGCUAUUUUCGCAGAAACCAUGUGCCCCAGUUCAAGUAAAGGAACCUUCUUUAACAAAAGGCAACAAAGAGCAUGUCUAUAUCACAUCCUUCACAACACCACAGAAUUUUUUCUGUCAGUUGGCAAAGAGUUCAACACAGUUGGAUGACCUAAUGGAAAAUAUUGAGGAAUACUACCGCCCUCUGAGCGAUGGUGAUGAAGAGCUGCUUAACCCAAAGAUUGGCAACUUUUGUUGUGCUAUGUUCACUGUGGUUGAUGGAUUUUACCGGGCUGUUGUUACGAAUGUCUCCGAGCAAUCUAUCGAAGUUCGUUAUAUUGAUUACGGUAAUAUUGAGAAACUGCCCAAAUCAAGGGUAAAGCGCAUGCUCCCUCGUUUUGCCGAGUUAAAUGCGCAAGGCUUUACAGCAAGCUUGGUCAGCGGUUCCACUGCAAAUAUAACGAAAGCAAAAGAUGCUGAUGAUUAUCUAGAGGUGAUGGUUGAACUUUUAAAUCGGAACAACAAUAUUUACGGAGUUGAGGUUCAUGACAUGAAUGGUGAAAGAUUGUUUAAAUGCAAAGAAAAUGUCGAAAAUGAACCAGGCGAUAAAACUAUCAAAAGUAAGAACUUCAUCAUUUCCCAUGUUGUUCUAUCUUCAACUGGUGAAAAUAAAGAUAUUUUAGAGAAAAUUAUGGCUGAACUGGAUGACGUUUACUCUCAUCUUACGGCCGAAGAUAACAUGAUCACGAAUCCUGUGGUUGGAAUGACGUGUGUGGCAAAAUAUCCUGUUGACAAUGGUUGGUAUCGAUCUCAAAUUCUUGACAUCCCGCCAAACCAAAUCAACGUUUUUUACAUCGAUUUUGGAAAUUGCAAAAUUGUUGAUUUGUCGAGCGUAAAAACUCUCGCCCCAGCCUUCUGCAGCAAACCCGUUCAAGCUGUGAGAUGCCGUUUGUAUGGUGCCGAGAAAACAACGUGGAGUGAGUCCGAGUGCGAAAUGUUCGAGGGCCUGGUACUAGAGAAACAUUUGAUAGCAGAAGUUAAGUCACUAGAUGGCGACGAAACGACAUUAAUUGUCGAUUUAUUUGACACAAGUGGGACAGAAAAUGUGAGAAUCUUUGAUGAACUUGUGAAAAAAUCUUCAACAACAAAAGCUAGCGGUCAACGAAACCUAAAACUUUCAUCACUACCGAAACUGGGCUUGAAGGAUGUCGAAGAUGUUUUUGUUGAGAGUGCAGAGUCUCUUGAUAACUUUGUGUGUCAGCUCUCACGGUUUAACAACAAUAUAGAAACAUUAGCUGGCAUGAUGUACGAUAUAUACCACCAGGAAACCGCUCCUGACUUAGUAUCCACUCCUUUGCAAGUAGAUGAUGUCAUUGCGGCUCUAUAUUCCGAGGAUGAAACCUGGUACCGAGCUUCUGUCUCGAAACAUAUAAACGAUGGUGAUAUUGAAGUUAUGUUCAUCGACUACGGUAAUUCUGAAAUCAUCCCCGAAUCUGAAAUAGGAAAAAGAGUUCGUUAUUUGAAUGACGAAUUGUCACGUUUUCCACCAAUGAGAGGUUUGGUAUGUUGUAUGGCUUCUAUUGAUGAUAACGGACACCAUUACUCGUGGACUCCACGCGCGCAUUACUCUUUCGUGAGAUACGUGGUGGAGAAGGAGUUCAAAGCAAGAAUAAUGAUGGGCGAUGAGGAACCACUUUCAGUAAUACUUGAACACAAAUCUGAAAGUAUAUACACGUGGCUUGCACGUAAGAAUCUCAUGUCGAGAAAGCAAAGUGAGGUCGAUGUUGAGCAAGAUGAUUUUUAUGAGCUCGAGUUGGAAACUGGGACGCUUUGUGACGUGUAUGUCACGUGGAUUAAAACACCACAAUUAUUUUUUGUUCAGCAAUCAUCAAGUUCAGAUGACAUCAAUAAAGUUGUGGAUGACCUUCAUAAAUCCUGCACUAAUGGCGACCAAAAAGAGUUGGAAGAAAUCCAUCCAGGUACCUUAUGCGCAGCUCAGUAUACGGUUAACGAUAAAUGGUAUCGUGCGAGAGUUGUAAAGGAGUCUGGACCCGAAUCCUUUGAAGUUGUUUAUGUUGACUACGGGAAUAAGGAAGCAAUACCCAAACAAAGGAUUAAGGCGCUAGAUCCCAGUUUUCUUGAACUACCUGCGCAAGCUUUGUGCUGCAGUCUGGAGACGAAACACCCUCUGACUUGGAAUGAUGAAUUGAAGGGAAAAUUUGUGAGUGAAACUACUGACAAACGUUUAACGAUGACCGUUGUAAAAGUGGUUGGCAGUCAACAUGUUGUGACUUUAAAGAAUGACGAGGGAUUGUUGUUGAACAAUAUGUUCAUUGAUGGAUAUGGUGAAAAUGAUUCAAAACUGAAAUCCUCUCAGGAAACCCAAAUUACUUUAUCCUCAUUUCCUGUGGUUGAGAAAACGACUGUCCAAGCCUUCACCAGUCACGUGGUCAGUCCACGCGAGUUCUUUGUUCAGCUUGCGACAGCGGAGACUGAGCUCGAACGCCUUGCGAGAUUUGCCGAAAUCUAUAAUUAUUGGCCUGAUGGUGAUAACUACAAACUGGACAAUGUGAAAGAGAAUAUGUUUUGCUGUGCGCGGUUUUCUGAAGAUGGAGUCUGGUACCGAGCUCAAAUCCUUACUGUCGAUGUCGACGAUAAAAAGGUAACGGUUCGAUUCGUUGACCACGGAAACUCGGAUGUGGUUGAUACUUCUGAUCUACGACGUCUAACCGCUGAACUGUCAUCGUCGCCUUGUCAAGCUGUACCUUGCCGACUUUCGGGCGGACCUUUGUCCCAGGAACAGAACUUGAUUUUCGUCACGGCCGUUGUGGGUAAACCACUAAUGGCUACUUUUAUUGAAUUCUGCGACAACUUUUGGCUUGUAACCUUAGUAGAUGACGGGCAACCAAUUAACGAAUUGUUGAACCCUCGUAAAGAAUCUCAUGAGACCCCAAGCAAUGGAAAACAAUGUAUUCCGAAACCGAUUUUAAAACCUGCAGACGAGUUACCUGUAUACAUUGUCAGCGCAACCGCAGCUAAAGAUGCGAUACUUCAAAUAAGUAGUAGUUUAAGUGAUUUGGAGACUUUGAUGGACGAUAUAGCAAACGAUCCUCCUCAGAUCCGAUUGACAAAGAACGAAAUCGAAGUUGGAGACUAUUGCCUUGCUCGCUUUACUGAAGACGAGGCCUGGUACCGAGCAAAGAUAUUAGAAGUUGAUGGGGAGAAUGUCAGUGUUUUUUAUGUUGACCAUGGUAAUAAAGAAUGGCUUUUGUUUGAUGAACUUGCUCCGAUAAAUGAAAGAUUUUGUAAUUUGCCCGAGUUUUGUUUUUGUUGCUCUUUGGAUCUAUCGACAGUUGACGGGGUAUGGUGUGAAAAUACUGCUGGUAAACUUCUUGAAAUGUUUUCGGAAAAUGAGUUACUUUGUAAAAUUUCCACAAAUAAUGACAAUGGUGUGUUGGUAAAGCUGUAUUGUGAUAUUGAGGAUAUUUUGAGUCGUGUUGUGGAAUAUGAAAAUGUGUCAGUAUCGAAACUCAUUGAAAAUAACAAAGAAAUCCACGAAAUUCAAUGUUUUGUUGUAUAUGAAUUCAAUAUCGACGAUAAAAAGAAUGUUACUUGUUCUCAUAUUGAAUCACCGAAGAAACUUUGGUGUCAAUUAUCAACCAAUGAAACGGAAUUAAAUGAUCUUAUGAACCACUUAGAUGAAGUAUAUGGUAGCCUUGGUCCCGAAGAACUACUUGCUCACAAUUACGACGUCGGACGUCCUUGUUGUGGUCAAUUUCUUGAAGAUGAUGGGUGGUAUCGUGCUGAAAUUGUUGAAGUUGUACCAGAAGGUGUACGUGUUCGCUACGUGGAUUAUGGUAACGAAGAGGUGUUAUCAACAUCAAGAAUUCUUGUUCUUAAAGACGAGUUCCUUGUUUUACCUUGUCAAGCUUUUUGUGUGUUGGAAGAUAUUGAAGCAAAGGAUGAUGAAUGGAGUGGCGAUGCUGUAACGUUGCUUGAAGAAUUCACAUCGGAAAGAUUGCUGUCUUUAGUGGUUAAAGGAAGAGAGAAACUUGGUGGUUUUACUUGUGCAAUAUACGGAACUCUUGACGAAGAAGAACAAUCAUUGAGUGAACUUCUUAUUGAAAAAGCAUUUGCUGUAAAAUCUUUGCCACCUGCACCUAUAUCAGUUUCAAACAAUCCUCGUGCAGACGUAUCUUUCGUAAACAUACAUGUGAAUAUUGGAGAUGAGCUUAAUCUGUUCUUCGUGUCAGCUGAGUCGCCUGCAAACAUUUGGUGUCAGCUGUCCGAUUCUGAAGAUGACUUACUUGAUCUAAUGGAAAAACUUGGAGCAUUUUACAGUUCAUUAAACGGAAACGAGUUUUCACUCCAACAACCUGUUGCUGGUGCCGCUGUUUGUGCCCAGUUCUCUGAAGAUGACUCUUGGUAUCGUGCUGAGAUCCUGGCAACUACUCCUAACAUCACAGUCCGUUUUGUAGAUUAUGGCAAUAGCGAAUCAUUACCCUUGACAAAAAUAAAGCUUUUAAAAACGGAUUUCGCUCGAAUGCCAAAGCAAGCUAUCUGCAUUUCUCUGUUCGGUUUACUUUCCAAUUCCCUUGAUGAAUGGUCCGAUGCAAAGCUCGCCUUGAUGGAAGAAAUGUGUUCUGAGAAAAGUUACAUCGGUAAAGUUCUUGGAAUGCGCGAUAAUUUAUUGGAAAUGUCUUUAAUAGACACCGAAUCCAAUGUUUCAUUGCUCGACGAGUUGUGUUGUGCGAAUCUUAUUUUGAGGAAGACUCAAGUGGAUACUGUACAAGGUGAUUUGUUAACAAGCACAGAUGAAAAUAAAAACGUUGAGGAGCUUACUGCGAUUGAAACUGAAGUUCUCGACAAAGCACAAGUUGAUGAUGUUGAUUCAGGAGACAAGUCUACUAAACCAGUUACAGAUGAGCGUCCUCCGAUUGAAACAGAAGAACUUGACAAAGGAGAAAUUGAUAUUGCUGAAUCAGACGGCAAGUCGACAACUGAACCAGUUACAGAUGAGCGUCCUCCGAUUGUAACAGAAGAACCUGAUAAAGGAGAAGUUGAUUAUGUGGAAUCAGGAGACAAGCUAACUGAACCAGUCACGGAUGAGCGUCCUCCAAUUGAAACAGAAGAACUUGGCAAAGCAGAAGUCGAUGAUGUUGAAUCUAAUGAUGAGUUGACUGAACCAAUAACAGAUGAGCGUUCUCCAAUUGAAACAGAAGAACUUGACAAAGCAGAAGUUGAUGAUGUUGAAUCAGGAGACAAGUUAACUGAACCAGUUACAGAUGAGCGUCCUCCAAUUGAAACAGAAGAACUUGGCAAAGCAGAAGUUGAUGAUGUUGAAUCAGGAGACAAGUUAACUGAACCAGUUACGGAUGAGCGUCCACCAAUUGAAACAGAAGAGCUUGAUGCAGGAGAAGUUGAUGAUGUUGAAUCGAAUGACGAGUUGACUGAACCAAUAACAGAUGAGCGUCCUCCAAUUGAAACAGAAGAACUUGACAAAGCAGAAGUUGAUGAUGUUGAAUCAGGAGACAAGUUAACUGAACCAGCUACGGAUGAGCGUCCUCCAAUUAAAACAGAAGAACUUGAUGCAGGAGAAGUUGAUGAUGUUGAAUCAGGAGACAAGUUAACUGAACCAGCUACGGAUGAGCGUCUUCCAAUUGAAACAGAACAACUUGAUGCAGGAGAAGUUGAUGAUGUUGAUUCAGGAGACAAGUCUACUGAACCAGUUACAGAUGAGCGUCCUCCGAUUGUAACAGAAGAACUUGGCAAAGCAGAAGUUGAUGAUGUUGAAUCAGGAGACAAGUUAACUGUACCAGCUACGGAUGAGCGUCUUCCAAUUGAAACAGAAGAACUUGACAAAGCAGAAGUUGAUGAUGUUGAAUCUAAUGAUGAGUUGACUGAACCAAUAACAGACGAGCGUCCUCCAAUUGAAACAGAAGAACUUGACAAAGCAGAAGUUGAUGAUGUUGAUUCAGGAGACAAGUUAACUGAACCAGUUACAGAUGAGCGUCCUCCGAUUGUAACAGAAGAACUUGGCAAAGCAGACGUUGAUGAUGUUGAAUCUAAUGAUGAGUUGACUGAACCAAUAACAGACGAGCGUCCUCCAAUUGAAACAGAAGAACUUGUCAAAGCAGAAGUUGAUGAUGUUGAUUCAGGAGACAAGUCUACUGAACCAGUUACAGAUGAGCGUCCUCCGAUUGUAACAGAAGAACUUGACAAAGCAGAAGUUGAUGAUGUUGAAUCUAAUGAUGAGUUGAAUGAACCAAUAACAGACGAGCGUCCUCCAAUUGAAACAGAAGAACUUGACAAAGCAGAAGUUGAUGAUGUUGAAUCUAAUGAUGAGUUGACUGAACCAAUAACAGAUGAGCGUCCUCCAAUUGAAACAGAAGAACUUGACAAAGCAGAAGUUGAUGAUGUUGAAUCAGGAGACAAGUUAACUGAACCAGCUACGGAUGAGCGUUCUCCAAUUGAAACAGAAGAACUUGAUGCAGGAGAAGUUGAUGAUGUUGAAUCAGGAGACAAGUUAACUGAACCAGCUACGGAUGAGCGUUCUCCAAUUGAAACAGAAGAACUUGAUGCAGGAGAAGUUGAUGAUGUUGAAUCAGGAGACAAGUUAACUGAACCAGCUACGGAUGAGCGUCCUCCAAUUGAAACAGAAGAACUUGAUGCAGGAGAAGUUGAUGAUGUUGAAUCAGGAGACAAGUUAACUGAACCAGCUACGGAUGAGCGUCCUCCAAUUAAAACAGAAGAACUUGAUGCAGGAGAAGUUGAUGAUGUUGAAUCAGGAGACAAGUUAACUGAACCAGCUACGGAUGAGCGUCCUCCAAUUGAAACAGAAGAACUUGAUGCAGGAGAAGUUGAUGAUGUUGAAUCGAAUGACGACUUGACUGAACCAAUUACGGAUGAGCUUCCUCCAAUUGAAACAGAAGAACUUGAUGCAGGAGAAGUUGAUGAUGUUGGACCAAGAGAUAAGUUAACUGAACCAACAUCAGAUGAACGUGCAAAAACUGAAAUACACGAUGAACUUUCCAUAAAACGGCACCAACUUUGGAUGAUUGAAGAUUGUGCAGAAGUUUGUAGUGAUGAAAUUCCUGUAGAUCACCGCGAAUUCUCUUUGUUGUCACCAGAAAAAAGAGAUGCCCACGCUGACGUCAAUUCUGACGUCACUAAAGUAAACACUUGCUUUGAGAAAGAAAAUGUUACUGGAAGAUAUGCUGAUGAAAAGAAUGAAAACGUUUAA